CUACCCUUGCCUGCCUGAGCCUUAGUGUCCACAUCUGCACAAUGGGGGUGACUAUCCCUGCCCUGCUGGCCAUCAGGAGUGGCUGUGAGUCUGUGGUUGUGGUGGCAGCCUGUCAGAAGCCCUAGGGCAUUUUCACAGGCCCAGCCUUCACCAUGGCGGGAGGGAGACCUCACCCAAAGAGGAGUUUCUCCAUCAUUCCUUGCUUCGUCUUUGUGGAGUCAGUGCUGCUGGGCAUUGUGGUUCUGCUUGCUUACCGCCUGGAGUUCACAGACACCUUCCCCGUGCACACCCAGGGAUUCUUCUGCUAUGACAGUACCUACGCCAAGCCCUAUCCAGGGCCUGAGGCUGCCAGCCGAGCACCACCGGCCCUCAUCUAUGCCUUGGUCACUGCGGGGCCCACCCUUACGAUCCUGCUGGGGGAGCUGGCACGUGCUUUCUUCCCCGCACCGCCCUCAGCCAGCCCCAUCAUCGGGGAGAGCACCAUCGUGUCGGGGGCCUGCUGCCGCUUCAGCCCCCCGCUGCGGAGGCUGGUCUGCUUCCUGGGGGUAUACUCCUUCGGCCUCUUCACCACGACCAUCUUCGCCAACGCGGGACAGGUGGUGACCGGCAACCCCACGCCACACUUCCUGUCAGUUUGCCGCCCCAACUACACCGCCCUGGGCUGCCCACCACCCUCACCUGACCGUCCAGGGCCUGACCGCUUUGUCACUGACCAGGGCGCCUGUGCAGGUAGCCCCAGCCUUGUGGCCGCUGCGCGCCGCGCCUUUCCCUGCAAGGAUGCAGCCCUGUGCGCUUAUGCAGUCACCUACACUGCGAUGUAUGUUACCUUCGUGUUCCGCGUGAAGGGUUCCCGCCUGGUUAAACCCUCCCUCUGCCUGGCCCUGCUGUGCCCUGCUUUCCUGGUGGGCGUGGUCCGCGUGGCGGAGUACCGCAAUCACUGGUCAGACGUGCUGGCGGGCUUCCUGACUGGGGCAGCCAUCGCCACCUUUCUGGUCACCUGUGUUGUGCACAAUUUCCAGAGCCGGCCACCCUCUGGCCGAAGGCUCUCCCCCUGGGAGGACCUGGGCCAGGCCCCCACCGUGGACAGCCCCCUCGAAAAGUUAAGUGUGGCCCAGGAACCCGAGGCCUGCAGGCCGCAUUCGACACCGGCACGGCUCACCCCAUCCAAGCCGCAGAACUGCGCCCGCCGUGGCCACCUGAUCCCCAGCUGCGUGUCCUCCAGGGCCCCAGCCAUGUGUUCGUCACCUCGUGUGCCCCGCCCUCGACUGAGGUCUGAGCCAACACCCCUACCACUGCCCUUGCCCCUGCCAGCACCAACUCCCAGCCAGGGCCCCUCACCUUCCUCCCCUGGACCUGGGGGCCCAGGCGGGGGUGGUGGGCGUGGCCGGAAGCUGCUGCUGCCCACUCCCCUGCUGCGGGACCUUUAUACCCUUAGUGGACUCUAUCCCUCCCCCUUCCACCGGGACAACUUCAGCCCUUACCUGUUUGCCAGUCGCGACCACCUGCUGUGAGGCCCACCUGUCCAUCCAGAACCUGCCCACGUCCCCAUUUCUCCCCCGCCACACGUGUAUGUGCGUGUGCCACGUGAGUGCCAAAGCCCCCUGCCCACAAACCAGCCAGGCCCUGACAUUAGGAGGUGGCUGGAAGGACAUGCAGGGGGAUCCCCUGCCUCUUUUGCCCUUCGGGACAUCCCAGUGGGCACAACUGCUGGUUGGGCCCUUGUACCUAGGAUUGUCCUUUUAAGGGCUAAAGCUGGGCUCAAUUGGCCAUUGCCCAGCCAAUGAGAACCCUCGGUUCUCAGAAUUCCACCCCAAAGGACUUUACUCCAGCCAAUGGGAGCCUCCCUCUCACUUCUUAGAAUCCUCAGGCAAGAGGGCAACUCCAGCAGCGUUCAGUGCCUGAACAGCCAGUAGGAGCCCUUGGCUUUCAAAAUUUCUAGAGUGGGUGGGUAUGAUUCCAGUCAAUGGGGGACCGCCUGUGUUUAAGCAUGUGCAAAGGAGAGGAGGGAGAGGGGUUCAUCCUUUGUCACCAGAUCCUUUCUCCUCCAAAUCAGAGUCCAGCUGGAGGGUGGGGGGCAGGUUCCCCCAUGGCAGGGUCCUUGGGGUACCUCUUCUCCUUCAGCCCCUCCCCCAUGUGCACCCCUCUCACCCCAUCCCUCCCAACUCCCUACUUAAGCAGGGCUAACCCCAGUUCAGAGGUUUUGGGGUUCAGGGUGCUGUGUCUCCCCUUGCCUGUGCCCAGGGCCACCUAAAUCCUUCUGUUACUUAUUAGGGCUGUGGGAAAGAACAUUUUUUUUUCUUGGAACCCACCCCUGUUCUUCACACUUCCCCCCAUGCCUCAGCCUCAUGCAGAUGUGCCAUCUUGGGGGGCAUGGGUGGAGCAGAGGGGGCUCCCCUACCCUGAGCAGCCAACUGCAGUGGGCAGAGGAGACAUUGUCCCCUUUCCUGCACCCUUCUCAUCUUUAAUAAAGACCUGGCUUCUCAUCUUUAAUAAAAACCUGUUU